AUGUUCAAGCCCUCACCGACCAUGAUGGCGCGCCUGCGCUUGACAACCAAGCAGGUCAAUGGUGGCUACUACAAGGGUAACCGGACAGGGUCCAUGGGUCAUUUUGAGAAGAACGGAACCUACAAGAUUGAUUGGGAGAAGGUCCGCCACUAUGUGGUCCCUGAUGAUCUGGAAAGCUUCGAGCUCACCCCAUUUGUCUCGAAGAAAGUCCAGCCAAAGCGUGACCAAUACGUCAAACAGAUUGAUCGCAAUGGCCGCGUUGUCACAGUGAUUGAUAGCCUCAAGGGUCAAGAUUAUAUCAAUCUUUGGGGAGACAAGAAUGCGGAGGAAGUUGUUGCUCGUGAGAAUGCGGAGAAAGAAUCUACAGCACAGUCAUCGCAGCCCAGUCAAUGA